CAGUUAUUGGGUUGCAUCCUGGCCCUUUUUGGCUGGAUUGGAGUAAUAAUUGUGUGCGCCCCCUACCCAUGUGGAGAGUAACAGCCUUCAUUGGCACUAACAUUGUGACCUCUCAGAUCUUCUGGGAGGGGAUCUGGAUGAGCUUUGUGGUGGAGAGCACCGGACAGAUGCAGUGUAAGGUCUACGACUCCAUGCUGGCGUUGAGCCCCGAUCUGAAGGCUGCUCGUGUCCUGCUGGUGUUUUCCAUCCUAGUGGGCAUCGCAGGGAUUCUUGUGGCGCUCGUCUCAGGGAAAUGCACCAACUUCAUAGCUGAGGAACGAGGAAAAGUGAAAGCAUCCAUUGUUGCUGGCGUGCUUCUGAUGGGCUCUGGAGUUCUGUGUCUUAUCACUGUAUCCUGGACUGCUGUCAUUAUAGUGAACGACUUCUAUAACCCCCUGUUGCUGGAUGCUCAGCGCAGGGAGCUGGGGGCUUCGCUGUUCCUUGGCUGGGCUGCAGGGGUGCUUCUGGUGCUGGGAGGGGGGCUGCUUUGCAGUUCUUGCCCACCAAAAGAGAACUGCUCAACAUCUGUCAUAUACAAUCCUGUAAAGAUGUCAAAGCCGUCCAGAGGGGAUGACGCUCUUCCAGUAUCACGCUCUCUAACUCCUCCUAAGACCUAUAUCUAG